AUGGAACGAAUACGCAGCACAGCUCGAAAAUUACAUCAUCAUUAUCGUCAAAUAAUCGAAUGGCGAUCACCAUUGACUGGCGUCUAUUUGAUGGCUAUCAAUUCUGCUUUUUGGAUUGGUGUGAUUUAUUGUGAUCCGAAACUACAAGAAGCGGCGUUGGCGACGUCAUCGGCCUGCAUUUUCGCAUGGGAUAUUCUGUUGUCGUCGACGAAUGAUCGCUCAAUCAUCACACAUAUUUUAAUGUGGCCAGUUCAAUCAAUUUUUCGGACUGCUUCCGUCGGCGGCUCUUUGUACACUAUACACUUGCUAAGAGCCGAACAAGUUCAAAACGCAUGCUACGUUGCGUAUGGUGUCUUGGCUUGUUUAUUGAUUAAUCCAGUCUGGGAAUAUAACGAAGUUAACAAGAAAAUUGGAAAUACUUGUCGUCGAGCUGCCAACAAAAUCUACGAAGUAUUUGAUUAUCUCGUUAUUCGACCAAUUGUCACAAUCUACGAAUAUACCAAAUAUAUUGUCCUGUUCCAAUGGGUUCCGCCUCUUAUCAAUUAUAUUAAGCAUCUUGUGUUUAAUUUCCGCGAAUCUUGUUGGGAAUUGGUCAAUGGAAUUCGGACCUGGGUUCGCGUUCAAAUAAUCGAGAGAACGAAACGAAUGUUUGCCGCGAUUCGAAGAUUCUUCAGAUAUUGGUUUUACGCUGAAUGGUGGCCAGGACUAAAAGCUUGGACGAAAAUUCAUAUUGGUCAACCCCUUCGCUACGCUUUCGAUUAUGUGUGUGCUGUAUUGGUAUAUAUUUUCUGUGCUCAUUGGUUCCCACCGUUGUGGAGAUUCUUCAUAAAACAGAUGAAAACUUUAGCAUCUGCCGCCAAUUUCUAUAUUUGGCAGCCAACCAAAGCAUUUCUUCAAGUGCAAUUUGAACGUUUUCGAUGUUGGCUCAGGGCAACUCUUCAUGCGCUUGCAAUCGCAAUCAGAGAUUCCAUUGUUUGGCCAAUCUGUCUUCUUAUUGUAGAAGCUGGAAAACAAGCUUCGUUGUUCAUCUACCAUCUUCUUCUUGAGCCCGUUCUACAAUAUCUAUACGGUCGCUAUAAAAUUGUCGAAACUAGCGCUUUAAUUUACAUUCUUGGUCCUGUAUGCGAGACUGUAAUAGAGAACAUUCCGGAAAAGAAUCCGCUGUGCGAUGACAGCGACGUUGAGUUAGAAGGAUUCGUUCCGGAAGUGCAUGCCGAAGAUGAUUUCGAUGAGAAUUUCGAGGAGCUUGAUGAAGCCGAAGCACAUCUUACGCCGUCUUCUUCGAUAGUUUCAGAAGAAGACGAUUUCGAACGCGGUUUACAAUUUUCUGCGAUAAAUGGAUCAGAAUCAAGUGACGAAGAAUUUGACUUGCAUCAUGCACCCAGGAAACAAGAAAAAGUUUUGAGGAAGCGACGAACACGACCCGACGACGGAUCAGCACCAUCACAUGACGAUUCUUAUGAAAUUCUUGAAUGA